CAAGGGCCCAAGGGAUGAACUGGGGCCCUCCUUCCCAAUGGCAUCUCCCCCUGGUCUGGAGCUGAAGGCACUGAGCGAUGGUCCCCAGGCCCCCAGGAGACUAGCUUCCCUGGGCCCAGGGGCCCCACCCAGGGAGGGUGUGGAGAACGCCUGCUUCUCCUCAGAGGAGCAUGAGACCCACUUCCAGAACCCCAGGAACACGCGACUGGGCAUCUCUCCCAGCCCCCCGGCGGGUAUCCCCUCACUUCCCCGAUCCCAGCGGGACGAUCUGUCGCUGCAUUCAGAGGAGGGGCCAGGCCUGGAGCCUGUGAGCCGCCCGGUGGAUUAUGGCUUCGUCUCCGCCCUGGUGUUCCUGGUGAGUGGGAUCCUCCUGGUGGUGACAGCGUACGCCAUCCCCCGAGAGGCCCGGGUCAACCCCGACUCAGUGACGGCACGGGAGAUGGAGCGACUGGAGAUGUACUACGCCCGCCUGGGCUCCCACCUGGACAGGUGCAUCAUCGCCGGCCUGGGGCUGCUCACGGUGGGAGGCAUGCUCCUGUCGGUGCUGCUCAUGGUGUCCCUGUGCAAGGGUGAGCUGUACCGCCGCCGGACCUUCGUCCCUGGCAGGGGCCCCAGGAAGACCUAUGGCUCCAUUAACCUGCGCAUGAGACGGCUGAGUGGGGACGGGGGCCAGGCCCUGGUGGAGAGCGAAGCUGUCCAGGUCUCAGAGACGAGUCAUGCUUUCCAGGGGUCUUAAGUAAGAGCCCACCUUGUCGGGCUGCUUGCGCUCCAGUGCUUCGAGGUCCCCAGGCCUGGGGCUUCAGCCUGAGCUCCACGUGGGGCCCUGAGGAAGGAGAGUGGGUGCUGGAAGGAGCGCUCGGGCCAGCAAGGCCCCACGGGCGAGCCGCCCACGGAUCUGUUUUGGAGCUGAGGGUUUGCAUAAGGUUUGGUUUGGAGGAUGGCUUCUGCUGCUAAAAAUACAAAAGUUUGGAAACUGCU